AUGGGCCCGAACUCUACUGACAACGGUAGCAGCAUGGCUAUGCCUUGCGAUGGCUUUACGAGCCCCAUUGCUAGAAGUGUCCUGUCCGAUCUCAAAGCGCCCGACGCCCCUAUCUUGCCAGGAUGUACUGUUGACCGUCCGCAAGAUGGCCCUGUCGUAUUCUCCAAGGAGAUGCUGCAAGCCUACAACAUCAUGCGCGGGUCAACGAAUGGAAUGGGCGGAGACAGAGACGAUCCGCUUGCUGAAUGGAUUCGCCUUCGUGGGGUUCUAAAGGAUACAGUUGAGCCUUCGGAGGGAAGACGGGAUCUCAAACAGGCGCUGUCAAAUAUUCGCAACCAUCUUCAAUCCGAAAAGUGCAUGGAGAAUUCUCCUGUUGAUUCGAUCUUCGAACUUCACCGACCUGCCGCCGAGCACGAACACAUCCAACCGCCGCCUGGUAUGGACUUCUCCGACCACAAGUUCAGCGCCUGCUGCGCCGACUUCGUUUUCAAAGAAGACGACGACGACGACGAGGAUCAAUUACCGCCCGGUCGGAUCUCUCCCUGUACUUUUCUCGCCUGGGCCAAGGACUGCAACUCGUGGAAGAAGGAUAAGGACCUACUGAAGGAGAGUGCAGAGCAAGACCUCCCCUUUGCUAUUGCUCGCCAGCGACCUGCUUCUCCUGAGCUCUGCGACACGCCUCCCGUGAUCAAACGCCCGGAUCGCUGGCCUCAACAGUUUGACGGCCAGGUAUGCCAAGAAUCUGGCACUGCCCUGUCGCCGUGCUAUGCCGUCCCUUCAAACCCGUCGGUGCUGUGGACAGCUGAGGGCAUAGAGGCUGAUCGAAUGGCGUCCAUGCCCCGAUUCGAGGACCAUUACUCGCGCAUGGACCCUGUCGCGGCAAAGCAGCUGCAGAACCUCAAGCAGGUGGGACGACCGACGUUGGGAGGACCCAGUCCAGCUGGUCAGAACGAGCAUUAUACAACAUCCGAGGUGAACGAGGCUGUUGGCCAAGACAUCGCGACUCACCAUCAAAAUGCCAGCAAGGAGAUUUUCCAGGCACACAUUGGAUUUCAAUACGCCGCCAUCGCCGCCGUCGAGGCCGAGACCAACACCCUCGCCGGUGCCAUCCGCGAGCAGACGACCAAGAUCCGCUGCCUAGAGUCCGAGAAGGAGACGGUGGCCCUAGCGGUCUGGAGCUUGAAGCACAAGCGCUUGCAGGAGGCGGCCAUGAGAAGCCACGCUGAGCAGGAGAAGCGCCGCGCGCGCGUCGUCGGCCACUUCCAUGACCACGUCCGGGACCUGGACUACAAGCACCGGCACAGCGCCGCGCAGCUGCUGAGGGACAUGAACAAGAAGGCCCAGAACGACCAAAUCAUCCAGCAGCUGGAGCUUGACAUCGGCUGCCUGUGCUUCGAGGUCGGCAAGGGAUGCCCCGAGGAGGUGUAUGAGGAGCUGAGCGCAGGUCCAGGUCCGAACGCCUCUCGUGAUGUGUCCGCCGCCGCCCACCAGCAGAAGGUCGAGGACGUUGCCGCUCGGGCGAAAUCCUCCCCUCUCUACGUCGCGAAGCAUGGAGGCCAGCUGAACCUGGAACAGCACCCCUUGUGUGCCCCUAGCACUCACCCCGACAGUAGUUCCGCAACUCAAGUUGAAGACUUCGAAGGCGAGGUCCAGCAAGUCGUCGGCCAUGGGAAGGCCACAGUUCAGCCCCAUGCCACCCGCGUUGGCCACGACCGUGCCGUAGACUCCGGUGCAAAAGAUGUGGACGGAGGUCAAAUGGAACUCGAACCGGGAAGAUAUCACGACCAAAACGAGUUACAGUGCGAUUCCGCGCGGGAAAUUGACCCGUAUGACUCUCAGGGGUUCGCCAUAUCUCCUCGCGAUCUCGCCGUCCAGUCUACCCACGCGUUGCCAUUCCAGGAAGCAAGUACUCCUUCUCGAACAAGCAACGCCAUGCCAGACCUGCCAUGGAUGGAACUGCUGACUGCCGACGUCCCAACCAAGGAUAUACAAGGGAUAGACAGCAUCGUGGACCCUGCAGAUGCAGAGUCGCCGGGCUAUGCUCUAGGAUCGACAUCCCUGGAGCAAAACCCCGACGACACGUUUCCCAGUCCUUCUCAUGCUUUGAAGGGUAACAACACCUCACGGACUGGCAUACUCGCCACGGGCUUGUAG